AUGAAUCUUUUCAACCUCCAGGGUGAACUACUCAAGUCAUUCCAAACCAAAUAUGGCAACAAUCCACGUGAUAUAGCAGUGACAAGUAGUGGAGAUCUAGUUUACACUGCUCAUGGUGAAAGAACUGUAAAUAUAGUGAAUAAUCAACAAAUACAGGAGGUUAUCAGAGUAAAGGGAUGGAAAGCGCUCUGUGUUUGUAGUACCUCCUCUGAUGACCUUCUGGUAACCAUGAUCAGUGAUGAUGAGAAAGAAUCAAAAAGAAUCUCCACAGAAAAACAGUCCAUUCAGUUCGAUGACAACGGUAAACCUCUUUUUUAUCGGGUUACUGUAAAUACAUCAGUGAGAAAAGGAACCUGGAUAUCUGUGUGGCUGACAAUACAGGCAAAGCAGUAG